CCAACCCCCCACACCUUCCUUCUUUUAGAAGAAUAUAUAUAAUAUAAUUUCCGCCGGUCUCCUCUGUUUUCCUUAUUCAUUCCCCCAUCUUUGCUGGAAACCAAACCAGAGAGAUCUAAAUCCCUGACGUGGUCUCCUUCUGUCAGCUCUAUCUCCAUCCCCCAUCCCUUUCUCAAUAUCAAUCCUAUCGCCAUUUGCGCUUCUCGAGACAACACACCAACUCUCUCCCCCCAUACCUUAUCGCCAUUGUUAUAAGAUCUCUCGCCAAACCGAACGAUCACUCCCACGUUUAUCUCUUAAAAGGAUAAGGCUCCUUCUCCAGUUUAUCCAUUCCCUUUUCCUAUUUCCAGGUAAUUUACUCAUUUAUCGCUGCCUGUCUUUGUGCUUGUUAGGAUGGUUUCCCAGUUUAGAUCUCACUGCAUUUCCCGCGGUUCACCGCCACAGUUUUUUUUUUUUGGGUAGUUUUUAUGGCACUUCUCCUGCAUCGUAUGCAGAGGUCAAGUUUGAUGAAUUCUGCGUAGUUGGGUGAGAAUCUAGAUCUAGCUGAAUGUUAUUUCUUUCCUCUUGUAAAUUGACGAGUUGUUGAAUUUUUUGGAUCUGGUUAUAGCAUUUGGACGUGGAUUUGAGUCUGUCUCUAUCUGUUUGGGAGAGAAGUUGAUGCUCUAUCUUGAUUUUAGUUGGUAAUUUGUCAAUCUCUUGAUAAAUCGAAUUGGAUGCCUAAUGAAAUGAGCAAUGGAAUGAUGAAUUUGUAGGAAGGAUUUGAUGAAAGCUCUCUGGCUCUAUUAUUAUUAUUAUUAUUAUUAUUUUUUUUUUUUUUUUUGGUGGGUUAGGUAGGUGGAGAUUUUGCUAGUUGUUUUAGAGAUAUCUUCCAUUGUCAGAAAGUGGUGUUGAACAGGAUAAGUCAACUGUUUUUCCCACCUUACCUGUCUAUCCAUUCAUUUCAAAGACUACCCUUCUUUUUGGUUGUUGAAUGAAGAUGUGAAUUGUUGGGAUUAGAGUUUACACCUCAAUUGAUCUUCUCCCUUUUGUGUGGUUCUGCAGUUGUCAUCUGCUUCCAGUAAAAUGGAAGUCACAGGAGGCUAAGUUGUUGCAUAUUCUACGGGCUUUGUUUGAAACCUUGGGCAAUGUGUCAGGGCAGAGACCACGUUGGAGGAUUAGGUAGUACUGCAAGUAGGGUAAAUUUGAGCAACAAUUCCAAGAGCAGCAGAACUUCUGGUAUGGAAUAUGAAUCAGACUGGGUAAGACACGGGAAAUCAUCGGAAUUAGCUGCUCAAGUGAUUCGAUCUGCAACUUGUUUCAUGGCUUGGUCCUGUAAGAUUCCUAUAGGUGACGGUUAUCACGAAUUUCUUUAGCUCGAACAGAAAAGAUCUUUCAUUUACAAAGCAUUGAUAGAGUUCUCAGGGAGAUAUAAAAGUCUUUUUUCUUCAAUCCAUAUCUCUCCUGAUUCGCUUGAGAAAUGGCGGAUGUUAUGUGUGCCAACAAGAUGUAUACUGGAACAAAGUUGUCCUUCUCAAGAUCAUUCAUGCACAAUAAGGCCACUCGUUCGAAGAGCAGCCCUAGAUUGGUUACUAAUGAAGACGACUGCUCGAUGCUACCCGGGCUACCUGAUGAUGUGGCGAAGUAUUGCCUGGCACUGGUUCCUCGUCCUAGCUUCCCAGCCAUGGGUGCUGUAUGCAGGAGGUGGAGGUCAUAUAUCAAAAGCAAAGAGUUCAUUACUGUGAGGAAGUUAGCUGGUUUGCUCGAGGAAUGGCUGUAUGUCUUGCUUCUGGAUUCUGGAGGAAAGAGAAGCCACUGGGAGGUGUUGGAUUCUUGUGGCAAUAAACAUCGGGUUCUUCCCCAGAUGCCUGGCCUUGUUAAGGCUGGGUUUGGUGUAGUUGUUCUGAAUGGAAAGCUACUUGUCAUGGCUGGCUAUUCAACUGCUGAUGAUGGGGCAAACUGUGCCUCUGAUGAAGUUUACGAAUAUGAUUCAAGUCUGAACAGUUGGAGCAAAUUAUCAAACAUGAACGCUCCUCGCUAUGAUUUUGCUUGCACGGAGGUCAAUGGCAAAGUCUACGCAGCUGGUGGUUGUGGCAUUGAUGGCGAUUGCCUUUCCAGCGUAGAAAUGUACGACCCGGAGACGGCCAAAUGGACCCUGAUAGAGUCUCUCCGUCGCCCGAGAUGGGGUUGCUUCGGCUGCAACUUUGACGGGAAGCUUUACGUCAUGGGAGGAAGGUCGAGCUUCACAAUUGGUAACUCCAAGUUCGUCGACGUUUAUAACCCCGAUAUGCAAUCCUGGGGCCAGCUGAAGAAUGGUUGCGUCAUGGUCACAGCACAUGCUGUACUCAAGAAGAAGCUCUUCUGUAUGGAGUGGAAGAACCAGCGAAAACUGGCGAUAUUCGACCCAGAGGACAACUCCUGGAAGAUGGUACCCUUGCCAUUGACCGGGAGCUCCACAGUAGGGUUCCGGUUUGGGAUCCUCAACGGGAAACUUCUGUUGCUGGCUAUGGAGGAUGACCCGAGUUACAAGACCUUGCUGUAUGAUCCUAAAGCUCCAUCUGGCUCAGAGUGGCAGACUUCUGAGAUAAAGCUGUCUGGCUUGUGCUUAUGUAGCGUGACCAUCAAGGCAUGAUAUGAAUGGAGUUCUUGAUCUAAAGCUAAAGUCUGCAGUUUAUUGUUGAUGCAUUAGUUAAUUCAGAUCAGGCUGCGACUUGUUUUCUGGAUUUUUUUUAUUCUGUUGUAAUCUCCAGUUUGAAGAGGUGUCUCGACUCUGUUGUUGCAUUAAUCAUUAGUUUCAAGUGUUCGUUGUAUUUUGUAUUCUGUUGUGAACUUAUGAAUAGUGGUUAACUGGUUAUAGAGAAGAAAUCUGGAAUGAUGAUUUGGCUUGUCUUUGCAGACGAUGGGAAUAUACAAGAAUGAUUCACUGUAUUGAUUUAAUUGAAGGUUGGG